UACUGUACAUAAAUUGCGCUAUCGCCUCGACCUUAAUACCCAGAGUCUAGAUUUGUUUUUACGCCAAUGGAACGUGGUGGCGUAUUCAAGGAGCAGCCCACCAAGCCUGUACUAGGUAACAUCCAGAUAAGCGUAUUCUACCCCGGUGAACGCCUCCGUUCUUGGGGUAAACUUCCCAAAAAGCUAUUUGGAUGUGUUGUAAUCGCUAAAUUCUUUUUUUUCCAUCCUCUCAUAGCAGGAGCAGUACUGUAGGACGCUUACAAACAAGUUUUCUUGAUUAAUAAGCGGGCUGCUGUGUUUGUUGGGUGGGGUGGUAUACAUAAGAGAAUGUGUCGGCCACGACUGAGUAAAGAGGAGGAGGAUGGGGAACAUGAUGGCGGUCGGGGGAGGGAGUUGCCUCUGCAGUUUGUUCUGGUGGGGGCUGGGGGUGCGGUUGAGAGUUUGAGGGCUGUUAGGUGAGUUGGGUUCUUGGGGUGUUUUUUUGGUUGUUGUUUUUCUCUAUCUCAUUUCUUGAGAUCUUGGGAAACGAACUCUCUGAGAUGUUUUGAGAGGGAAUAUGAGGUGGACUGACGAGAUCUGAAUUAGGAGUCAUGUUAUGAAAGGUCAUCAUGAGAAAUUGAGGGAAAUUAAGAAAGCGUAUCUGAGAAGAGUUAAGAAACCUAGACGGCUGCAGGUGCGACCGAGGGAUGAGGAACGGGAAAGGGGAGGUGAGAGUGGUUGUGGGAAGAGUGGGAGGUUGGAGCUUUUGAAGCCUGUGGUUCCUUGUCAGGUCAAUUGUGAGAUCUUUUUCUUAUAUUUAUUUUACUCUUCGUCCUACCGCUAUUCCUUUUGUAUUUCGAAAUGCCUACUAACAAACUCAAUCCAGUAGUCCCCUACGCAUGGUUCUCCACCACCGGACCAGUCCUGUAUGUCAACCGCCUCAAAUGGCCCUUCUCCGCUCCCUUCACGGUCACGCCGUCUGAUCGUUUGAAUGAUGGGAGAAAUGUGACACCUAGACAGUCUCAUUGGAUGCCCGCUAUCAAAAGUCCGGAUUAUGUCCCAGUCCAGGGAGCCGUUCUGGACCCUGCGGUGUUAAGGUGGAUUGGAGGGAGUAGUGAGUGUUGGCGGUUUAGGGUCGAGACUGUGAAGUGGAUAAGGGAAAAGUUGGAGAAUGUGAGGGGGAAGGGGGAGGGAAAGGGUGAGGAAGUGGGGGAGGUUGUUGGGGCUAUUAUGACUUUUUGUAUGUGGACGGUAUGUUGUUUUCUUGGUAUUUUCCUUUUUCCCAACGGGGUACUGGGAAUCUUUUUACUAGGAGCUACUAUUUACUGGUUGGACGUGGACAGCCAUACUGCUUCAAGUCCAGAGACAUAUCUCUUGUGGAUCUUGAAGAUUUCCAGCUCUUCAACAUUUCAGGAAUUGCUUGAAUGUCGGACUUUCCUAGCCCAUAACUAUAAAUAACACCCAUCUCACCUUACUAACUAAAGAUUCGGCAUAGGCAGGCUACAGAGACGCAGAAGAAAUGAGUUCUCACAUGGACGCAAUAGAAAAGAUCGUCAACCUCCGAGGGGGUUUUCGUCGUUUGCAAAAAGAAGGGGACUGGGCACUAACAGCAAAACUCACAAUGUAAGUCCUCAUUCUUAUCGCCUAAACCGACCGAACACAAAACAGGUUACUAACGGAUAUAAAAGAUUCGACUACACAAUCUCCGUCCUAACAGGAAAAGCCCCACGUUUUCCGCCCGUGGAAUACUUCGUCAACCGACCAGUUACGUCAGAUACAUAUUCCCGCUUUUCAAGCUACGAAUCACCGUUAUCGACCACUGGGAACUUCGAGAGGGUUAUCACAUACCGAAAAGGGGAGAAGGAAAUCAUCACAUGUCUAAAAAAGACAUGGUCAAAAACCCAAUCCUUCAUUUCACACCCCCUCUCCCAUCCCCCACAAUCACACCCCCCCUCCCCAGAGCUCAAACUCGAAACCGAAACCGAAACCACAGAACCAGUCCCCUUCAUAGGCGAACCCAAACAAUCCUACAAAACCCACCUACUCACCCUCCCCCUCCUCUCAACAUGCCACCAACAAGACCAUAACCACGUUCUGGAAACCAUACAGAAUGCAGCGCUUCUAUACGAAAGGAGUCUUGAUCAAGAAAAACCGAUGCAAUUCCAUGAUACUAUGAAUGAGGAGGUUUAUGAGGCGUUGUUUGAGGGCUUUAGUAGGUGUUGUGAUGAUGGGUUUUGGGUGAGGUAUCCGGGGGUUUUGCUGUGGGUUUUGCUGGUUGGGACUGCGGGGGGGAGGGGGAAGGAGGGGGUUGCUUUUGUGAGUUUUCUUUCUUUUUUGUUUUCUGGAGCAUUUGGGGAAGGUGUGGGAUGCGCGGUUCUGAGGAGUUCCUUUUGAGUGGUGUUUGUAUGCUGAUUCCAGAUUGUAGUGGACGUUUUAUUUGAGUCGCUCAGUUAACUUUUCGGAUGCGGAGGAUUGGUUGGCGAUUAGUGGGGCGAUUAAGAGGUUUAUGGAGGUGCAGAGGUGGCUUAGGAUGGUUGCUUAGAAUAUAAAUACACAUAUAAAUAUAACAUAC